AUGGGAGCUCGCAUCGCUGCGAGGCAAUGCCCUGCCUCUCACCUCCCCCCGCAUUCCUUCGAACUCGGGGAGAGGCCUUUUCAACACGCAGGGGAUGACUUGCUCUUUGCGCGCCGCACUAACCCGCUGGCCUCGGGUUCGCGCGGACGCCUCUUGGCGCACUGUGUAGAGAUAUCCCGCAGAUCCUUCUCUCUGUCUUCGCUUCUUUUCCUGAUUGCCUUCCCUCUCUGUCUUGUGACCCUCUGCGAGCCUCGGGUCGUCGCCUCCCUGAAGGCGACUCCUCGGCUCGCUUCAUCUCGCCCGCUGGAGGCACCCCGUGUGUCGCCGGCGCGCGCAGGCGAGGUGAGCGCCCCCGACGAGUUGCAUGGCUCCAUUCUUUCGCCCAACUCAGUCCGGACUUUAAGCACUGUCAGCUGUUCCAGACUCAAGCCCCUGCUCUUCCAGGUGUCGCUUGCCGCUCUCGACAGCGCACCCCCUCCGAGCACGCAGACUACAGACACCCGAUGUGCCGCCGAGGCGGCGGCAACCGCCCUUGGGGCCUUCACCUCCUCCGAGCGCGGAGGCGCGGCGAGCGCCUCCGCGCUUAACUCUUCUUUCUUGUCCUCCUCUAGGCGGGUGGGCACAGCCUCGCGCUGCGCGCACUGGUUGGCGCGACGCGGCGCCGGCGCGGGGUUCGCCUCGCCCUCCGUUCUCGCUUCGCCUGUGCAGAAAAAACCGCUCCUUGGGCGAGCGAGCGCAGGACGACACGACUUUGCACUUCGCGGUGGUCUCGCCGCCGCCGAGAAAGAGAGGUCUCCCGGCGCCGUCUCGUGCGGGCUGACAGGCUGCAGAAUCGUCGGCGUGGGCAGCGCGACGCCGGCUGGCGAAAUGACGAACGACGACAUGGCAGCGAUCGUCGCCACUUCCGACGAGUGGGUGAGGACCCGUACAGGGAUCCGCUCGCGGCGUGUGCUCGCGGCGUCGGAGAGUCUUCGUCCACUCGCCUUAACUGCCGCCAGAAGAGCCUUGGAGAGCGCCAAUGUCAAGGCGAGAGACAUCGAUUUGGUGCUCCAUGCCUCCUCGUCGCCAGACGACCUCUUUGGAGACGCGACAUCUAUUGCCGCCGGAAUCAUGCAGACUGAACAAGCGGAAGCGGGAAGCGCCGGAGAAAAAGAAGCAGCGCUGGGACCGGCUGGGUUCGAUCUAACCGCGGCGUGCUCGGGCUUCCUUGUUGGACUUCUGAGCGCGAAUGCCUUUUUGACAAGCCCGUGCUGCCCCUACAAGCGCAUUCUCUUGGUGGGGGCCGAUGCCCUGACGCGGUGGGUCGACUGGAGCGACAGGAACACGUGCGUUUUGUUUGGCGACGGCGCCGGCGCGGUUGUGCUCGAGCGCCCAGACGAGUCGAGGCCGUCCGUGGACUCUGAGAAAGCAGAAAAAACCCAACUCAGGCGCGGGCUCUUGUCCUACGCGCUGAGCAGCGACGGGCUCCAAGCCCAUCAGCUGAUGCUCCCCUUCAAGGGCGCAGAGUGCGAGCUCAAACGCUCGGCAGGAAAGCCCGCGCUUCGUGUGAAGCAGGGGGGAUAUGCCCCUCUGUCCAUGAACGGCCGCGAAGUUUUCAAGUUUGUCUCUCGCAAGGUGCCGCCGGCGAUUGAGUCCGUGGUCGCCGCCGCAGGGUUGCAGAUGAGCGAUGUUGACUGGCUCCUGCUCCACCAGGCCAACAAACGCAUCAUGGACGCCGUUGCCGAACGCCUGCAGAUGCCGCUGAGCAAGGUGCUUUGCAACUUGGACAAAUACGGCAACACCUCUGCGGCCUCUAUUCCCCUGUGCCUGGACGAAGCGGUUAAAGAAGGGAAAGUCAAACCCGGAGACGUCGUGGUCACUGCCGGUUUCGGGGCAGGCCUCACAUGGAGCGCGGCCGUCUUCCGCUACGGCUAA